AUGAAGUCACACGGAAGCUCUCUCGCAAAGGAUUUAAAAUUACUAAUAAACAAUUCGGUAUAUAGCGACCUCAAAAUAGUAUGUGAAGAUAAUGAAACCCUUUACGGAUGCCGGGCAAUAUUGGCAGCACGUUCGGAAGUACUAGAUAAGUUACUUUUCAAUGGGAUGAAAGAAAGUAAACAGAAUGAAAUCAAAUUUCCAGAAAUAAAAUCUUGCGCUAUGAAAAUUAUUCUAGAAUUUCUGUAUACUGACGAGGUUAACUACACGGCCUUUACUCCCAAUAACAUAAUUGAUACAUUUCACGCUGCGGAUUAUUUUCAACUACCAGAUUUACAAGAUCAAUUAGUUGAAUAUGUAAAGAAAGAACUUAAUGGUGGUAAUAAUAAUCAAGUAUUGGCUCCGGAGUUACUGUCAAACGCCGUGAGAAAGAUGUCUGCAUCGGCUGAAAACGACCUCAUUAAAUUAUUGACAGAACACGUGGCAUUAAUAUCAUUGGAUACGGUAAAAUAUGGAGAAUUGUCAUUUCAAGGAUUGCAAUGUUUGUUGUCACAAACCUUUACUACCAAAGAGCCAUUCGCUACUCCAGAAUAUACAGUAUUUAGAUAUACGGUCAUACAAGCUGCAAAACAUGUCUCUGAUGAAGCUAGCUAUUUAUUUGAAAAGCGACUUCCCGCGUUGAGCAAAAUUGAUGAAGCCCACAGAUUUGACGAUGAUCAAUCGAAAUACGAAGAAAUUAGAGAAACCAUCACAGAAAUAUUAUCAUCGAUACUUCCGUAUAUUGAUUUACGUAGGAUUGAUGUAAAUGUUUUGGCCGAUAUAAUUGAACCGUUGGGAAUUAUACCUGUAAAUGUUUUAUUAGAUACAUAUAGAUUUCAGGCAAAAGAAAAGAGGUCUUUGGCACCAAUUCGCGGAACACCCCUUUAUAAAUGGGAUUUACAAUGGGAUAUAAGAGCUAGGGGAAUAAACCUCGUCUUACGCGACGAAAAUCAUAUUGUAGAAAGCCCUAAAUCUGGACAAAGUGGCCAUCACAAUAUAAGAGCAAAUAAAAUGAUCAGCGGCGAAGGAAUCUACGAAUGGGAUGUUACGAUUGAGGAGACGUGCACAUACGCUUGGGUUGGAGUGUGUACUGAGCGAGGACUGGACUAUUCCUUGUUUGCGGGUCAGCAAUCUUGUGCUUGGGUACUCGGGUCAAGUGGAAAAUGUUAUCACAAUAAUAUUGGAACCAAUUAUGUGGCAGAAUUUGGAAAUGGAACCAAUAUCACCGUUCACUUGAAUAUGACUGACAAGACAAUUGCAUUUUCAAUAAACGGGAUUAGAUACCCAAAUGUUUCGGCUUGGAAAAAUCUUCCUUCAAAACUUUACCCUGUGGCCUCCUUGAACCCACCUGGUAGGAUUCGUAUCGGGUAA